GUUCCUUAAGGUUCGGUUUUGCUGGUGGUGUUUUUUAGUGAGAAUGAGGUUAACUUCUGGCUGGAAUCAGUUUAAAUAGGUAUCACUUAUUUUAUUAUGGAUCCUUUGAAUCCAUCUUUAUUGUCACCUUUGAAACAAUUGCAGCUGCCCCCAAAGAUUGAACGAGCAAAAGUCCCCAUAUACAAAUCAAAGACCCUCGAUACUUUACCCUCCUAUCAGAAAACCCUGAACUCUUUUGAAACCAAUAACAACAACAACGAUGAUCUUUCAAUCAAUACCAACACCAAUAACCCCAGUAAUCAUAGUCUCAGCGAUGUCUUUAGAUCAAAUACUUCCUAUAAUAGCCACAUCAAAAAGCUGAGUAGUUCCACUCAGCCCGAAUCAAAUACAAUCAGUAAAGAGGAACUACCCGAACGACCAAAGCUAAUCAGAAGAUCAUCUAUGAAAACUCCUGGAAGAUCCAGGAGAAAUUCAUCUGUAGAUUCCUCAAGAAGAGUUAGUUUCAAUCCCACUGUUGAUAUCAACAAAUUUGAUAAUAAACAGCCUCCAAUACUCAACAAAUUAGAAACUGAAAAAAUCAAAAGAAGUGAAAGCGCUCAAAAUUUAAGAAUAAGCAAUUAUUUAAAUGGUAUAUUUCCUGAUAGUGUAAGUAAUUCACUUAACGAUAGCAACGAUAAUAACGAUUUCGAAGUUCAGAUUAUUAAUAAAUCUGAUAAAGGCGAUCCAUUUUCAAUUCAAAAUAACAGAAAUGCUGUCUUGUUUAACGGUACAGAUCCAAAUCAAAUUAGAGACACCGACAAUUCUCACCAAAAUAUGUUCAAAAUUGAUAACAGUUUAAAUUCAAAUGGCAAUAGAAGAAAAAACGAUAAUUCUAUUACUCAUAAAAAAUUAAGAAAAAAGAAAAAUUCUGGCUCCAGGCAUAAAAGAGAAUCUAGCAAAAACCUUGUGUACUCAACGGAAAAAUUGAAAAAAAAGGCCUUAAGACUAAAUAAACCAAAUACUGGUGAUAACCCAGAAUUGAUCAAAAUUUUAAUGAUUCUAUCCUAUGUUUGUUUUUCAAAUGAUUAUACAAAUGAAAACUUUCUUCAAAAUUAUCCCAAAUAUUACCAUUCAAUUACUUUCGAUAAUAGAUACGAAAGAGCAAGGCAUGUGAGAAAUAUCUCAAGUUUUUAUUCAUUUAUCUUAAUUGUUUUGGUCAUUUUAAUUAUUUCAGUUCCAAGCUUUAUCUUUUUGGAACUUUUUGUUUAAUUUUUUUUUCUUUCCUUCUUUUCUUCUUUGUUUCAAUGUC